GCCAUCAUGAGUACCAGCCUCGUAUUGGUUCCCGCGUUUUUGAACAAAAACAGAGCGCUAAGGCGCCAAUUUAGCACCGCUACGCUUAUAUUAACAGUUUAUUGUAUUUGCUUAGUGUUAACCUAAAUACUUAUUACCUUUGUUUUUCUAUAAAGUACGUGAUUAUAAUAUAAAAUUGUUAAAUUUCCUUACCUGCCAUUGUUCCUAAUUUCGCGAAGAGCAGUAUCCAAAAUGAAGCAAAAAGUUCUUGAUAGCAUACAGAGUCAACAUGAAGAAUAUCAGUACUUAAAUCUGAUCCAGAAAAUAAUUAACACCGGUGAUAAAAGGGUUGACAGAACUGGUGUUGGAACUUUAUCAAUAUUUGGUGCUAUGCAGAGAUAUUCAUUAACAAAUAACACCCUACCUCUGUUAACAACUAAAAGAGUAUUUACUAAAGGAGUAAUAUAUGAGUUACUAUGGAUGUUGUCUGGGUCUACUGAUACAAAAGCUCUUGCAUCUAAAGGAGUACAUAUUUGGGAUGCAAAUGGAUCUAGACGUUUCCUUGACAACAUUGGUUUCUAUGACAGAGAAGAAGGUGAUCUUGGCCCUGUUUAUGGAUUCCAAUGGAGACACAGUGGUGCUAAAUACGUAGAUAAUAAAACUGAUUACAAUGGAAAAGGGAUUGAUCAAAUACAAAAUGUUAUAAACACUAUCAAGACAAAUCCAGCUGACCGUCGGAUGAUAGUAUGUGCAUGGAAUCCAUCAGAUUUGAGUCAAAUGGCGCUGCCGCCAUGUCAUUGUCUUGCUCAAUUCCAUGUUGCCAAUAAAAAAUUGAAUUGUCUACUAUACCAGAGAAGCGCCGACAUGGGUCUUGGUGUUCCAUUUAAUAUUGCCAGUUAUUCACUCUUAACACAUAUGAUUGCACAUAUUACAGGACUAGAAGCUGGAGAAUUUGUCCAUACAACAGGUGAUACCCAUGUAUAUCUGAAUCACAUAGUACCACUUACAGAACAAUUAAAAAGAGAACCCAGACCAUUCCCCACGUUAAAAUUUGCAAGAAAAGUUGAAUCUAUUGAUGAUUUUAAAUUUGAAGAUUUCAUUAUUGAGGAAUACAAACCACAUCCCAAAAUUGAAAUGGAAAUGGCUGUUUGAAACAUUUAAUGUUAUUUCAAAACAUGUUAAGUAUUAAAAGUAAGUUGUACUAUAUAGGCAUUAAUUAUUGUGGUAAUUAUAAUUACUUAAUAAUUAAAAAUGUGCUUUAUUGUAAAUUGUUUAAAACAAUGUUCUAUUAUAAAAUUAUUAAAAAUACUAAUACUAGUAUCAUUAGUCAUCAAAUUACUAGUAAUACUGAGUUACUUUGUAACAGUCUAUAUUCAUAAAAACUAACAACUAUUAUAUAGUAUUUUUAUGAAUUGAAUGUUCGGAUGAACUGUUAGGUUUAUAAUAAGUCUAUUAUAGUCA